GUACGGGAAGGUAGCAGCCGGGGCCCGUACACCGCGGCACUCCAAACACACGCCGGGCACCGAGGAAGGAGGAAGCAGAAAACGAAGCAGACGGCGCAGCCAGGAAGAAGCAGACGACAAAGCUUCGACGUUCGACCGCUGCAGACGACAACUGCACGUCUGCUACGAGCGCUGCGAAGCUGCCUGCGGCACGACGAAGCACCGGUAGCAGCAGACGGCUCUGUUUCGCCGGUGCAGACAACUGCGGUGCAGCACGUCUGCUGAGCGUCAACAGCCUCGCCCGCCGUGUAACUUACAGUUGGGAAGGAACGAUCGAUUUUCGGGUGACGGAGAACGCCUUUUAACGUUCCCUGAGGAGUCAGUAGAAGGGACAGACGACAGAAAACAUGGCCGAGGCAACGCAAUACUCCGAGGUUCCGCAGGCCGAGCCAACCAAGCCCGCCGCUGCGAACAAAGCCGGCGAUAGCGACGUCGUCUGCUUGAAGCCCAAGAUGAGUUUGCUCAACGGUAUCACCGUCAUCGUCGGCAGUAUCAUCGGUUCGGGCAUCUUCGUGUCUCCUCGUGGAGUCUUGGCCAACACCGGUAGCGUUGGAGCGUCGCUCAUCGUCUGGGUUGUGUGCGGCAUCUUUUCCAUGAUCGGAGCUUACUGCUACGCGGAGCUUGGAUGCAUGAUCACAAAGACCGGCGCCGACUACGCAUACAUCAUGGAAGCGUUCGGGCCAUUCGUCGCCUUUCUCCGACUCUGGGUGGAGUGCAUGAUCGUGCGGCCCUGCUCGCAGGCCAUCGUGGCGCUCACUUUCUCCUUCUACGUGCUGCGGCCCAUAUUCCCCGACUGCGACCCCCCGGACCCGGCGGUCAGGGCCCUCGCCUUCGUCUGCAUCGCACUGCUGACCUUCGUCAACUGCUGGGACGUCAAGUGGUCGACGCGUGUGCAAGAUUUCUUCACCUACGGCAAGCUGAUUGCCCUGGCCACAAUCAUCAUCACCGGAGUUGUGCAGCUCUGCUACGGACACACCGAGCACUUCAACUUCGAGAAUACCGAGACGGACGUCACAAAAAUAGCGUUGUCCUUUUACUCGGGGUUAUUCGCUUAUAACGGCUGGAACUACUUGAACUUCGUUAUUGAAGAGCUCAAAGACCCUCACAGGAACCUUCCACUGGCCAUCUUCAUCUCAUGCAUCCUGGUCAUGGUCGUGUACACGUUGAGCAUCGUGGCCUUCCACACCACGCUGUCCGUGCAAGAAGUGCUCGGCGCAGAGGCCGUCGCUGUGACCUUCGCUGAAAAGCUUUACGGAUACAUGGCAUGGAUUGUGCCAGUGUUUGUCGCCAUGUCCACGUUCGGAGGCGUCAACGGAAUCCUCUUCACGUCCUCCCGUCUUUUCUACGCCGGUGCCGAGCAUGGUCAGAUGCCCAGACUUCUGUGCAUGAUCUCAAUAAACCGGUUGACACCGUCGCCCGCUGUCCUUGCUAUGUGCCUGCUGUCGCUGGUGUACCUGUGCAGCAGCGACAUCUUCGCCCUGAUCACGUACGUGGGCUUUGCCACUUGGCUCGCCAUCGGACUCGCCGUCGCCACGCUGCCGUACUUCCGCUGGAAGCAGCCGAACCUCAAGAGACCCAUCAAGGUUAACCUUAUCUGGCCCAUAAUCUACUUGCUUGCCACCGUCUUCAUCACGAUUGUCCCCAUGAUUGCGGAACCCGUGCAAACUGGAUUCGGAGCCCUGAUAAUUGCCACUGGAGCACCGGUCUAUUUCAUCUUUGUCUACUGGAAAAACAAGCCGCGGUGGAUCCAAGGAUCAUUCGACUGUGCCACGGUAUUUUUACAAAAGAUGCUGGUAGUGGUGGCUUCUGAAAAGCCCAAGGACGUCUAGGACGCACCUGGGUCGCCUUCUUUGGAAGGAACGCUUCAUCAACCGCCCACCUGCACCACAUCUGCUCGGGUGUUCAAAUGUCGUCGUCAUCGUCGUAAAAAACUGUCACCUAAGGGGAACCAUUGGACACCAUUGCUCGUUCUCGACUCGAUCGCAAACGAAAAAACAAACACGGAAACAAAGAAUCAAGGACACGGAAACAUCUGCAAACAGGCCAAAAGCAAAAGGCCGACAUUGUGAAAUGAUAAAAGAAAGCAAACAAACUAUAAUAAGAAACACAAUUGCACUGUAAUAAGAAUCGUGCAAGGAAUGUCUCGUUGUAACAGAUCCCUGUUUUCGCCAUUGAAUGUAUUGCUGUUUUUGCUAAUGCGCGCGAAGUUAUUUCAUCUCAUUUACAAAGUGCUAAUUGUGUUCACUGUUUGAGCACGCUGAUCAUAGGGAAACAUACUUCUCUGGCAGCCUUUACAGAUUCUGCGGGCAUUUCCACGCUAGACAAGUUUAGUUACACAAAGUCGUCCGAUGGCCCAGAGGAGAUAGGAGACUCUUCAUUCUUUGCUAGGUGACGCUGUGCAUGUAUGACAAAAAAGAAGCAUGAAUGAAAAAAAAAAAAAACAAGUAGCUUUACAGCGAAGGUUUCUUAUGCAGUGCUGCUGAAUCAGCAGAAUCAGUCAACUACACAUUCUAUGAUUAGAUGGCUUCGCAUGUAGAUCUACUAUUUGCCACCGACCAACUUGUGUUCACUUUCAGCUAAACCAAAAGUGUAGCAGGCUAUCCCUUGUCGCUGUCACGUAUCAUUAUGGAUGAAUCUGAUCUAUGCCUAACUUCUAAUUUUGCCAUAUAGAUUCAGCAUAUCAUUCGUACAUAUAAAGGUCGAGAGACCAUCCCUUUUGAUCGAGAUGAUCACUUCAGAUGGGCUCUAUGAUGCAGAUAUGGGGCAUUGUAAAGCACUUCUAAAGAAGAUGCACAGAUACGUUUUUGCUGUUCCGCUGAACUCAUCGACGCUCCCUAAAGCGGUGAUCUGUUACAACGAGAAAGGCCGUAUAAGUAUAUACAAUGUGUGUGAGUGUGUGUGCGUGUGUAGGUAGAAACGCGUGUACAUAAUCCGGUAUGCUCGUCAACAUAUAUGCACGUAUAUUUUUGUAAUUAAAGCAUUCAGUUCGCAGAAAAAAGAACUUUGAGGAGAUGUUCCGAAUGUCUUUCAGUACCAAUGCUUCCAUAAACGCGCGUAGGAACAAAAUAUAAGGAAGGGUAUUUAGGACGUCGGAGGGUAGCUCUUUCGGACCCCUGCCACAUAUCGAAUAUUUGCAGAUAACGUUUGCUUAGAUUUUUUUUACAUAUGACUUUAGGAUUUGUUCUGAUUGGUGUUUUCAACAUUCACGAGAUGGACCUAUUACAAUAUGUAACUUAUUUCACACAAUGCAUUUUGUUAAAAAGAUGGGCCCUGAGAAGAUGAAAAUGGCACUACCAGACAUAUUACAUUUUACUUUAUACGAGAAGUCACUAUCGCAUUGAACACGAUCAUUACACUUGUAACAGAUCCUUUGUAUGCCUAAGACUCCGCAUCAGAGUUGUGACUUCUGUUUGUAGCUAUACAGUGUCUUACAAACCAUUAUGUUUACGCUCAAAGAAUCUAGGUAGCACAAAGCUUAAUCAGUUAUUGUGUCUUUAAAAGAAAUGUAUCUCUUAUUUACUAUAGAUUGCAAUGUUCCAGGCUUAUAUGUUUGUGCUCUCAAAACCACCAUGGAUGAUGAGCGCCAUAGGACGUUAUAACACUAUGACGCCACAAGACUUAAGUUUACGCAGAACUCUUUGCCUUGUCACUGGCCCAUCUUUGUGCAAAAGCUAUCAUUACUGCAAAAGCAUGAAUGCUAGGUGCAUGGUUUUAUAUUUUGUUAUCACACGUGAUGGUGCAAAGGCAGGGGCAGUCACAAUUGUUUAAGCAAGCUAGGCAUGCUGAGUGUCAACUAUACUUUAUUGAUAUUCUUAGAUGAAUUCACAAUCAAAUUGUUCAUAGGCGUUUUAAGAGCUGGACAGUUACUCUUGACGAAGUACCAAAUUCAAGUGCAUUUGCAGGCCCAGGUGACAUGUCAGGUAGCAUGCUGUGCUUUUCUGGACCAUUCUGACUGAAACUGAUCAUGUUAUUUUACUGUAAUGGUCUUAUUUUUUAAUUGAAUGGUGCAAUAAGUACGAUCAAACAUGACUUUUCGUAACAUAUAUUGUCCUGGAGAAAUGUUUGAUGGAAUGCAUUUCUGCACAGGCGCCAGAACAUCAACACAACACGAACACUAGCUUAAAACAUCAUUCCUUAAAACUUUUUUUCUGGAUAUAAUGAGGUCGUCUAACAUUCUUGCUAGUUAUUUUGUACUAUUCUUUCUGACUGGGCUAUUCGGGGAGAGCAAGAUGCUGAAAAUCAGUCACCAAUUGCUAUUUUUAAUGUAAAAAUACAAACUAUAGGGUGGUUCCGAUAAAGAGUAUUACAAAAGAAAUUAGAAUGUUUGGUCUGUUUGGUCUUAUGACUGUCAGUACACUUUUCUUGAUGCAUUAAGAAUUACUAUGAUCAAUAAUAGUUGUUAUACAUUCAGUGAUAACUCUAUGUGCUCAAAGGUACUUCCCUAAAAACGGUGCUGAAGGGCGCAUUUCCGAGAUAAAUUUAGGCGACAUGAAUUGUGCUUUCACUUCCCGCUAAAAUAAAUUUUCUUGGCUAAACAAUAGUUACUUUCUUCAAAUUUCAUAAAUGAGGCUCAAUCAACAUUAUUAAAACACAACUGAUUUUCACACAUUUUCUUUAACAUGAGCCGUAUCUCGAUAUUUUGAGACACUAUAUCUGUUGCUGGAACACAUUCAAUGAAAUACGCUUACAAAGUUAAUCAUCGACACUUUACAGAGGUUCUGUUGAUUUCGCUAGACACAUUUAGAAGUGUCUGCUAAAAACCGAAUUUUGCGUUUGCUUCGUAAGGCCAUAUUUUGUUUUUACUUUAGCUUCGAACGCUUGCAAACGUUCCACCAAUGCCGGCAGCUAUGCAGCAUAGUUCGAACUUUGUAACGUGAGCAACCUCGAAUGCAGCGCAUGCGCAGAAUAUUCAUGCGCACGAAACUCGGUGACUUAGAAGGGCGUAUACAGUUGAGUCCAAGAGAAUAGUGCUGUUCCAGUGAAAUCUUUGAAUGGUGUACAAGGUAUACGCUGUACGUGGGGACUGCACGCUAUAUGGUGGCUGCUUUACUUUUCUGUUUGUUCUGGAUGGCCUUAAUUUAUGCUGCAUCAUUACGGGACACAUCAUGCAAGUGUACUACAGAGGAGCAGCUCUAAGCUACAUGAGUGACUCGUUGGAAGAGAUGUGUGAAAGUGUCGAUAAGUGAUGACACCAUUGUUCUCGGCAUAGAAAAGGCAUUAAAAUCUUUUUUAUACCUCUG